CGACGCUCGGCGUAUAUGAAUACGACAACUUCGACGACGGGCACGACAGACACCGGCAACAAUGGGUCAGCCACGGACGGCAACGCUGUUAUCACUAAUUGUAUAUUUACAAAGCGUGCUUGCCGAUGAUAGCUAAGAUGAAAACCCAGUGCUCGCCAUGCAGCCUGCCUUCGCCAGCUCUCUGCCUGUCCAGAUCCUUCUUAAUGGUAUUGUCCUUGCCCUCACCUGCGUUCUGCUUUUCCACCUGCUCUUUGCAGCACAAUAUCACUGGCCACUCGCCCCACUCAACUAUGCUCUCCAACUUUCUGGAGUGCCUUCACUCUUGAUUUCGUUGAUUGCGACACUGUUUGUAGUGCUAAAUAGUGCAUUUAUGGACACACGGGAAUGGCCAUACAUGAUCAACUAUUUGGCAAAGGACGUUCCACCGAUCGCAAGCUUGAGUGGAAAUAGCACAGAUUUGAGUGUGACAGAUUCGCCGACGUGGACGACGGCUAAGUUGGCAGGGUGGUACGCGAUGGACGCAACAACGUCCGCACUUGUUCAGAUCACACAUAUCCAGUUCCUGGCACUGCUCUACCCGUCCAGACUCGAACAGCGCCUCGUUCUCUUCCUCUUAGGACCUCUUGCGCUGCUGUCAGCAUCUAUGGAGCUCCUUCCCAUUCACCAGAAUCAAACAACAGUCGAUGUCGCUGAUACCAUCUGCAACACAUGCAACGCUGCACUUUCGCUCCUCUUCACCGCUGCUUUGUUUCUCUGGGGUUUCGCGAUCAAUCGGAAACAAGCUUGGCGUACGGAUGGUGGGACGGCCGUAUUUGGCGGUGCAGCACUGGCGCUUGCAAUCAUCUCUACCGCUAUAAACUUUCUUUACAUCCCGACAAAGGAUCAGUAUCUCUGGCUGCCAAGCUUGAUUUGGGCUGUAGUGCUAUGGCAGAGUUUCCUAGGAUGGUGGUGGUGGGUAGGCGGUGGAAGAGGCGUGGGCGAGGUCGAGGAGCUCUUGCGAAGGGAGGAAAGGAGAGAGAGGAAGUGCAAGGCGCAUGCAGCGAGGAGGACAGUACGGAAGGAGAAAGCGCAAGUGCUGUGGAGAAAUGCAAGUGAGACGCCGAGGUUUCAUCGAGGAGUAAAUGCAGCGCAUCCAGGAUCUGUUCCUAUUGAAGAAGGCGAAGCAAUUGAGAUGACGGAUCAUUCAAGAGGAGCCAACAUAACCCAAGCUGUGGAAGCAUCGUCUGCGUCAACUACGGCGAGCUCACCGACGACGACGGAGGCUGGGCCGAGUAAUAUACUGUCCCGACUUCGCACAACACCUCCCAUGCUCGCACUCUCGCACUUCUACCACCUUCUACACAGAGCGCAUCUUGCUGCAGCACAUAGUCAAGCACUCGAACAACGUCCGGUACAUCACCAGAAGCUGCAGAUACGGACGUUGUUGGGUGGGGACUUGGAAGCUUUGGAUUGA